AUGCAAGUUGCUGAAUCUUCAUGGGUUAUUAUUAGCACGCUUGAAAAAGGCCCUGUAAAGUGCGUCCACAUGGCGCGGGAUGCCUUGAGAACGCUUUCUCUGGGACGGUGUGGGACCUUUCCCGUCUCUGCGCUGGCGAAUGCGAAGUUCAAUGUGCCUUUGCUGUGGGAGAACGGAGUGCUGAGCGAGUGCGCGCUGCCCGCUGUCCCGCAGGACAAAAAUGGGAGAAAAAACGCCAUAAAGCGCUCGCGGACCAUUACCGUGACGCAGCCAACGCUUCCGGGCCUGGUCGAGAUGUACAACCUAAAGGGCACCGUGCACAUUUCGCACGAGGCCAUCAGCCAAAUCCUUUUCCACGCAAUAGGCGCAAAGCGCGUAAUAGUGAAGGACGACCACAACUCGAUUGUUCUGGCUGCAGUAGCGGCAGCGCGGGGAACGCACAACCUGUUCCGAAUAGGCGGGCACGUGCAGAACAUCCACACGCUCUGUGCCCUUGGCGAGUCCGGGUCGGUGGAGAAGUACGUGGCAAGCCCUUCUCCGCUGGAAGAGAAUGCAUCCUUGAAAGGUGCCUCGGAGAAAGAGGGGGGCGCGCUGUUUGUUCUGGCGCAGAGGGACCGAUACGAGCCGUGCGAGGUCAUUUCCCUGCUCAAGGAGUGCAGCUUCCAGACUGCGGACUUUCUGGUGUACCACCCGGUGAAGGAGGCCCUCCUGGACCUGUUCAACGCGCUCAUGCAGGACAAGGCCUUCGGGCUUCUUGAUCUGCGGGAGCUUUUCUACCGGGAGUACCAAACAGUUUCGGGCGCAAUGCAUCCCAGAAUGACAAAGACCAGACACUCCGGAUACAUUUUGACUGGAACGCUCCUAGGAAACUAA